AUGAACAUUGGGAAGAAUAAUUUAAAGUAUAUGAAAGAGGAAUUGAAUUAUCUUCAUUUCCAAUUGUAUUUGAAUUUUGGAAUACAUAUUCAUUAUAAACAAGGUAACAAGAUUGAAGGAGCAAGAGAUUUAUUUGAACAAGCCUUAGAGAAUUGUCCAGAAAAGUUUAUUAAACCAAUCUUUUUACUUUGGGCUGAACUUCAUGAGAAUGCUAAAAGAGCUAUGAGUGUACUUGAAAGAGCUACUACUAACUGA